AAUAAUGUUGAUAAUAUUCGCAAAUGUCCUAAUAUUUUUUUAUAGUUCAUUUGGAUUCCAUAUAACACCACUGAUGUUGAGUACCAAGAAUUGGCUUCGGAUUCGACGAUUGUUUCACCAUUACUUUGGAUGUUUAGUUGUUCACUUAUUUGUUAUUCACGAGUGGAGAUGCAUCGUCUGAAGAGAGUAUUACGACAGUUCGGGAUGGUCCAGCCAAUUCCGUCGCAUCCUACGGAUGUUGUUAUUUCCAACAAAUUACAUGAUUUGACUCGUCAAGGUCGAUCGGGCCUGCAUUGGAGCGAGUAUUUGAGUACAUAUGUUGCUAAAUGGCAACAAAGAUUUCAGAAUGUCGUCCCAUUUCAACCAAUCAAUGGACAAGAUACAGAGGAUGGUUAUGAAGCAUGGUAUGAUGAGCACACUCGUCGUUUUAUAUCACCGAUUAACGAUUUGACGAGCAUUGGUUUUCAGACUGGAGAUCGGACAAUUAUGAAUUUGGUGGCUACUCGACUAGCCUCAAUGAACACCAAUAUACCAGAAAUGCAGCCUAUGAUCAAUAUGCUCAACAGGACCGGGAUGCCUUCUACGGGUGCCUCGAAUGGAGGAAGAAUGAGAACUCACAACCGCACUCAAUGGUCUACAAGAGAAAGGAAUGAUUUCACCUCCCGAGAUGAAGAUGUGACCGGUCCUUCCACGUACCGAGAUUAUGCCGGUCCUUCCUCAUAUCGAGAUGAGGCCGGCUCAUCCACACAUCGAAAUGAGCCCGGUACUUAUCCCGGUUCUACUGAUGAUGUUUAUAUUCCGACACCAGUAACUCCAUACCAGCCUGCCAUGAACAUGCAUUCAGAUAGUGAAUUUUUGGAUCUCAGUUUAGGAUAUUACCAAGGUGACCAUCCUACACAUAUGCAUUUCAAUAUUUCUCCCGUUCCCUAUCACCUCCAAUCACCUCAAAGUCAUUCUACCGAGAACUAUGUUGCCGAUGCUAUUGAAGAGGAUAUUGCGCAAGAACCUGUGGGUAGAGUGCGUAGAAACAAGCGUCCGCCUAGAGGUGGGACCGGUGGAUAUCUCGGACGUCAUUGA